GCAACACAAAGCGAAGUUUCACUUAUAAAAAGGAAAAAAAAUUAAAAGAAAUUAUUUAAAAUCAAUCGUGUUUCAAUUUCUAAACUUGUAACCACCUCGGAUAUUAUUGAGAGAAAAAGAAAAAAGGAAACGAAAGUAAAACUAAAUUGCAAUCAAAAUGGGUGCCAAGGAAAGCGUAGAAGCUGCUGCCAAAAUUAAUGCCGAUGGAUGGGGGCAUGCUGAGAGAAGCAGUCGAUAUCACGCCCAUCGACAUAAUCAACGCUCGCAGUCUCUAAAUCGCGGUCAAGCCCUUUCUCAGGCCGACGUAAGCGCAAUGUGGUGACAUCGGGGUGCGACAG